CCCGCCCCUAGUUGGGGAGAGAGCUGGUGCACAGCAGAGCCCAUCGCAGUUGACUGUUUGAGCAGCAGUAUGCAUGUUCGCCAGGGACUCCGCGAAGCGCUCAUGUCCCAGCAGUGUAGUACUUCACCGCCCAGAGAUCAUCUACUCAAGAGUCGAGGAUAAUAAAAUUGGAUGAGGCAGGCGGACCGUAGGCGGAAAGCCCGGAGUGACCGGAGGAAUACAGUAUUACUACAGGACCGCAGGCUGCCGCACUCCUCUGAACGUGGACAAUCAUGCAUGUGCUCUUCUGGGGCUUGGGGUUCCUACUAUUCCCUGAUUUCUUGAAUGUAGUCGCAUCUACAGGGAGAUUGCUUUUGAAUUCAAGCACAGUAAAAGAGGAGGUCGGCGCGUAUGAGAUUGUAACGCCGGUGCGAGUGAAUGAAGCCGGUGACAAGUUUCCAACCAGUGUGCACUUCAAGAGGAAAAGACGAAGUUUGGACGAGAGUACCGGCAAUACUACGGAUCACUGGGCCUCGCCAAAUAUCCACUACAGGAUAUCUGCUUUCGGACAGAACUAUCACCUCAACCUCACGCUGGAUUCGGGAUUUAUCGCACCUUUCUACACUGUGACAUUACUUGGAGUACCCCGAGGAGAUAACAUAACGGAUUUUGCAACAGAUGGGGAGGUGGAGGAGGAGGAGGAGGACACGGAGUUAAGGCACUGCUUCUAUAAAGGACAUGUAAAUGCACAAGCAGAACACGCCGCGGUCAUCAGUUUGUGCUCCGGACUGCUUGGCACUUUCAGGUCUCCAGAGGGGGAGUAUUUUGUGGAGCCCCUACACAGCUAUCAAGGUGAACACUAUGAAGAGGAACAUACAAAACCUCAUAUUGUAUACAGGAAGAGUACACCCAAGAAACAAACAUCUGGGGAGGACUCAGCUUGUGAUACUUCAGGACACAAACACAGACAUAAGAGGCACAAGCCGAAGAGAAGGGCAGUGGCUGGUGUGACCACUGUGUCCAAUGCAGCUCCUGUGGUCAGCGCUGGUAUAUUCAGUGACGUGGAGUCACUGAGUUCUGGUCUGGCCAGCAAUGCUUUACUCAGAUCAGAGAGCAGUGCUAGCGCUAGACCAUCAAAUGAUAGCAGUGGUGACUCAGGACCUCACAGAAGAUCAAAACGCUUCCUCUCCUACCCGCGCUUUGUCGAAGUCAUGCUGGUGGCCGACAGCAAAAUGGUGGAACAUCAUGGCAGCAACCUACAGCACUACAUACUCACAUUAAUGUCCAUAGUGUCUUCCAUCUAUAAGGACCCCAGCAUUGGCAACUUGAUUCACAUUGUAAUUGUAAAGUUAGUCAUAAUAAACAACGAGCUGGAUGGUCCAGUCAUUUCAUUUAAUGCACAGACCACUUUAAAGAACUUCUGCAUUUGGCAGCAGAGUCAGAACAUCCUGGAUGACAACCACCAUUCCCAUCACGACACUGCCAUCCUCAUCACCCGGCAGGACAUCUGCAGAGCAAGAGAUAAGUGUGACACCUUAGGACUUGCAGAGUUGGGCACAGUGUGCGAUCCAUACAGGAGCUGCAGCAUCAGUGAGGACAAUGGACUCAGCACUGCUUUCACUAUUGCUCAUGAACUUGGCCAUGUGUUCAACAUGCCUCAUGAUGACAGUAACAAAUGUAAGGAGGAUGGAGUUAAAAUUCAGCAACAUGUGAUGGCUCCCACGCUUAACUACAACACAAACCCUUGGAUGUGGUCCAAGUGUAGCAGGAAGUACAUCACAGAGUUCCUCGACACAGGAUAUGGCGAAUGCUUGCUCGACGAGCCCGUUUCUAGGCCAUACAGUCUGUCGCAGCAGCUGCCUGGGCGGAUAUACAAUGUCAAUAAACAGUGUGAAUUGAUAUUUGGGCCGGGAACGCAGGUUGGCCCUUAUAUGACUCAGUGUCGAAGGCUGUGGUGUACCAGUCCAGAGGGUGCCCAGCAGGGAUGCAGGACCCAGCACAUGCCGUGGGCAGACGGCACUGACUGCUCCCCCGGAAAGCUGAGAGUGAUUAGGUCAUCAUGCUGUCCUUUUGCUGGGACCGGGGUGCCAAGUGAGCUGAUGGGAGAAACGUGCAACAACAGGAGAGCCAGAGAAUCUGGGAAGCAGGGACCCCGCUGA